AUGGGGCCGGUGUAUCGUGCUCUUAAAAGCCACGAACAGACUCUCGCCCGGCCCUUUCGGGACCAGUCGGCCCUUGCCCGGGCUUACUGUCGCAUGGAGUUCUGGAGCCGCAUCUGGGAUGCGUCAAUUGUGCCGCCGCAGCCUCACCUGUCUGCAGAGCGCCUCGCCUUAAGGGCUGAGGCCCUGCAGCAGGCGCAGGAUCUGUCACCGCUAUCUUGGGAGCAGGUCAAGACAGCGUGCCUGGCCACGGGCAACAAGAAGGGAGGCCUUGAUGGUUGGUCGUACAAGGCUCUGCGUAACCUCCCUGACUUCUGCUACCGACAGCUUGCGGGGCUCUUUCGUCUUGCUGAGACGGACCUUACUUUGCCGCUUCAAAUGCUUACGGUGCAGGUCGCCCUUCUUGCAAAAACCCCAGAAAAAGAGCGCCCCAUAUCUCUCACAUCGGUCCUUUGGCGAGUGUACAGCAAGCUGCGACGCCCGCUCCUGGAGAGCUGGUUAAAGGAGUACGCGGCCUUUGCCCCUUUCGACUCCGCCACCCCAGGACACACUUCCCUUGACCCAGCACUUUCUCGCUUGAUCAAGGCAGAAGAUCAUAAGUUUCGCAACGUUACUUUCAUAACUUUGUUCGUUGAUCUUGAAGGUUUCUAUGAUGGGGUAGAUUUUUCUCGACUGAUAUCACAGGGCAAAGCUUUGUCAUUUCCACCCUUGCUUUUGGAACUUAGUCUUCAGCUUUACAAUGGGCCUCGUUGUCUCCAUGGCGAGGGGGUCAGCACUGUUGCUUUGUGGCCCCAGAGGGGCAUCCUUCAGGGGUGCCCGUACGCACCCACGGUUGCAAAACUCACCACUCAUGCUCCGCUGCAGGGCAUCUCCCAGCACCGUGGGGUCAGCCAUGCUGAUUUAUGGCUUGAUGACAUCAGUGUCGAUGUGUCUCAUGCUGACCCGGAGGUUGCGGCCUCUUUGGCCCUGUCGGCAUCCAGGAAAUUGGAGGCCCUGCUUUCCGUUGAGAAGCUUCGCAUUAACAAAACCAAAACCAAGUUUGUUGUCAAUAGUGCCAAGGCGGCCAAAGCACUCAACAGUAUGCGUGUUGAAGGCGAUCCUCAGGUUGCUGACUUGGUCCGGGACCUUGGACUUGACUCGGCAGGUGCCAAGCGCAGAAGGGUUACGCAUGCUUUGAAACGCUUCAAGGUCGGCCGCGCCCGAAACCAGAAACUUCACCAACUCGGCACAGGCUGCAAAGCCCACAGGUUGUAUGCCACUUCCAUUCUUACGGCCGAGAUCUAUGGUUGCCAGGGACAGGGCUUGUCCCCCAAAAGGCUCAAGGUCGUUCGCGCAUCCAUCUCCAGGCAUGUUGGGCGGUCCAAGUGGGGCUCUGUCGACGUGUCUCUGGACUGUAUGUCCUUUCGUUGCCAAGACCCAUUGUUGACAGUUGUCCUUGCGCAGGCUGAUGCUUUGUAUAAAAUGUUCGGCCCCUCCACGGCACAAGGCUGGGAAAUCCUAGCCCGCACCUGGAAGGUGGCCUGGACUCGCCAAGAGGCGGCCGUGCAUGGAUGGAAGUGUGUUGCAGGCCCGGUUGCUGCUAUGGUGCAGUAUUGUAUUGAUUUGCGCAUCAAUGUCAGUGAUCCUCUGCGCUGGGUUCAUAGCAGCGGGGUUCUUCUGCUUGAUGUCACCAACCCUGGCCUUUUCCUGUCAGUUCGCCGCUUUCUCACUCAGGUUGUUGCCCUUGAAAGGGCUUCCCGCUUUGGUGCAGUCCUCACGGCCCAAGGUGCCCAGCAAGGAGUUGACUGGUCAGUCCACCGAAAGCUCUUGAAGGUUUCCAAGCUUUCAUCCCCGCGAUGGGCCUUUCACGCCGUGUGGCAAGGACGCCUUCUUCCGCCGGGCAGCACGGUGCCUCAGGGGGAGUCCCUCGCAAUCAUUGAAGCCCUCAAGGCCACCACUGGCAGCUUUGACCUCACAGGUGAUUGCAAGCCGGCUCUCAAAGCCCUGGCUGCCAGAGCUCUCAACAAAAAACAUAUCCCUGAAUGGGGUCCAGUCUGGCAGGAGCGAGCAAGGGCUCAACCGCACUGGGUUAGGAGCCACUGCACGGCUGAGGCCUUUGAGGCUGAAUUCCCUGGUCAGCUUUGGCGCCGCGAGCUCAAUGCCAAAGCAGACACUCUCGCAGGGAGCCGAGCUGCUGCUGCAUGCACCCCGCAUUUUGUACGCAAAGUAAAGGAACUCGACCUGGUAACCCGGGAACUCAACUGUUUUCUCGCCUCCAGGGCUGAGAAGCUGAUCAAGGAAAAAGCUUGCGCCUUGGCACAGGUUGGUGGAGUCUCCACCCGAUCUAUUGCCAGUGCUUUUCAAUCUGCCAGCACCUUCGGUGCCGGCCCUAUGCCAGAGCGUGUUUCUGCAGUUCCUAAGCUUGGCCUUUUGAGCGCUGCCCAGGUCAACCCUCCAGCUGGGCCCGUCGCCUCCUCUGCAGCGGCUGCCCCAAGGUUGCCGGAGUGCCAAGGCGAGGUCACUCAGUCCACAGGAGUGCAAGGAGCAGUUGGUCAGUCCGUUUCUGUAGGCUUACCUUUGCAACGACUUCCAGAAGCUGAAGAGCCACCGGUGGACCAGGACGACUCCAGCAACUGUCUUCAAUCUGACAGCAGUGAGACACCACAGCCUGCAGUCGCGCUGAAAGAUCGCCCAAGUGACUUUGGCCCUCUUCUUCAUGAGGAUGGCCUAAUCACUUUCUUAUGUGCAGCUGCGCCCCAGGUGAAGCAUCCGGUGAACCACUACCAGUGCCUUCCGGAAAGCCUUGAAGUUUACCAUGACUUUGUCACUGGUGGGCGAACAAAAGCUGCUCGAGCGAGACGGCUGGGUUUCGGAAAGUCCCGGACAGUUUACGUUGACCCUGGCUCCUCGGAACACGUUCUGAAGUUGGCGCCUCCACAAGGCCACGGGCCAGAACCGGAAGCUUGGAGACUGCUCCCUCAUAUAGUGCCGUGCACUUUGGAUGCGGGUAUUCACCUGCUCACGCUUUCUUGGAAGAGCUGCUAUGAUAUCAUCUCCACGCAUGUUUUGAGGCAGUCUAGGCUCACUCCACUUUCGGUGUGGAGGCCAGCUCCGCCGGACCUUGAUAUGGUCCGCUACAUGAUGGCACUGACUGCGGAGGCCUCCCGUUUCUACAAUCUCAAGGAUCUUGGCUUUUUCAACUUUGGUGUUGAUGCCCGUGGCUUCAUUAUGAUGUGGGACACCGCAGACUGGCUUCCAUGGGAGGGUCAAAGGGCACACUGGCCGAACAGACAGCGUGCCUCGGCUUUCUGGAGCGCGGUCAAGAGGAGUGUUCCAGACCACUUUCAGGAGCUACUCCAGCUUGUCAGCAACGCCUCGCCUGAGGAGGUGCUGCAACGGCUACGACCACUCCUUACGCAGCACUACAAGUGGUGCCUGCUACAGCAGGGAGUUUUCCUUGGUGACUAG